UGAAAUUGUGCGUUACUGUGUGACGUCGCUAAUUACUGCUUCGCGUUUUCUUCGAUAAAAUUGGAUAACUACUUCGGUCUCUAAAUGCUAUAGACUGACAUGGUUCAAAAUCGUUCGCUGUAGCCUAGAUGUAUCCACUCUUUGUCUUCUCUCAACUUCAAUCUUCUGAAUUCCUCACGACUUUUUGUCUCCUUUUAAAUUUAUUUCACGGGGAACUGUCGAACAGAUGUACGUAUGCAUCAAAUUCAAAUUUGUAGCUGGCUAGUAUAUUUACGAUGUACUAUUUAUAUCUUAUAGAAUUCCAAUGACUUGGACUCGUUCAGAAGUACAAUAUGGAAUAUUACAAAAAUUAUGUUUAAAUGCUAUAAAAUAUGGGCCAAUUCCAAAACAUGUUGCUUUUAUUAUGGAUGGAAAUAGACGUUUUGCCAGUAGUAAUAUGUUAAAAAAAUCUGAUGGUCAUUUAUGUGGUUUCAAAAAACUCUCUGAGACUUUACAAUGGUGUCGUGAUCUAGGCAUUGAAGAAGUGUCAAUAUUUACUUUUAGUAUUGAUAAUUUCAAUCGAUCUCAUGAAGAAGUUUCAUUUUUAAUGAAUUUAGCUGAAGAAAAACUUCAAGAAUUAUUAGAUAAUAAAAAUGAACUUAAAACCGAUGAUAUAUGUAUUCGUGUUAUUGGGAAUUUAACAUUACUACCAGUGAAAAUUCAAUGUUUAGCUGCACAAUUAAUGCUUAUUACUAGAAAUCAUUCAAAGUCAAUUUUAAACAUAUGUAUGGCAUAUAAUAGUCGAAAUGACAUUACAAAUGCAAUGGAAAUUGUUCGUUUAGGUGUAAAACAAGGAAAAAUUAUACCUAGUGAUAUAACACGAGAACUUUUAUCAAAAUGCCUAUAUACACGUUUAUCAAAACCAUUGGAUUUAUUAAUACGUACAUCGGGUGAAAUACGUUUAAGUGAUUUUCUAACUUGGCAAGCAUCAGAAAAUGGUACAAUUUAUAAAUUUAUUAAUAAUUAUUGGCCAGAAUUUUCAUGGUGGGAUUUUCUUUCAUCUAUUUUACAUUAUCAAAUGUCAUAUAUACAAUUAUCACCAUUAAUGAAUUCUAAACGAAUAAACAAUAAUCACGACGAUUCAAUGCUCAAUAUGAUUGAUUCACAGGACAAUGAAGCACAUCGACAACGUGUCAAUUCAUUUUUAGAUUAUUUAGAUAAAACGUUUUGGCAAAAUAUGACUGUGUUAGCUACUUAAUUUGUAUUAUAAGAUUUCCUCUUACGUUUCUUCCUUUUUCUUUCUCUCUCUCUCUAUGCGUGAGUGUAUACAGUUCUUUAUGGAAUAAACCUACUUAUACGCAUGAAUAUGUACAAAUGAUUUCUUAUUUAUUGACAAUGUAUGUAAUUUUUUUCUGCACAAAAACAACAAUAGUGUUAUGA